AUGAAUUUGGACGCAGCACUAAUAGAGCAAUCAGAUCUCGUCUUCAUUGGCCGUGUUUCGGUGAUUGAUCUGAGGAUUAACCCAAAACACAGCCCUGCCGCACUAGAAGCUCUCCUAAGCGCAGCUGGUUCUUUACGGAAACCAGCAAAUUUGCGAAACGCUGCUAACGGAGGUUACCGAGUUGGAGUGGGAAAACUUAAAUGGCUUACUCCUCUAUUGAUGGCCAUCGUUCUACGAUCGUUCGAAUCCGCAAAGAAGAUUCUGAGACAUAGCGCUAAUGCAGAGGGCAUCAAGUUCUGCGGAUUCCCGGCCAGACAGGUGAUCAGAAAGCUGAGAGAUCUGUGCGGCGAAGAUGGGAAACUUGGUAGGAUUAGUCGAGGGUACAGAGACAUUCGGCAAAGAAACAAGAAGUGUCGGCAGUGCCUACGUGAAGAACUUGGUCCGCAUGUGGCCUUCUUCGAUGAGAAGGCCUUCCCGCCCUUCGCAGAUCGGAAAGGCACAUGA